CCUCCCCCUCUCUUUCUCUCUCCCUCUCUUUCUCUCCCCCCCUCUUUCUCUCGCUCUCUCUCUAAAUCUCUCUACCUCUCUCUUCAUCUCCCCAUGUCGCUUUCCCUCUGACUGCCUACACCUUCUCCGCUCUCCUCACGAGGGCAGACGUUCGGCCGACAGUGGAUAGUGGCACCAGGAAACCUUCCGUUGAUGACGCGGACCAAUAGCAGCGCUGCAUUACCAGGCAUUCAGAUGAUGGUGUCGUAGGAAGUGAGCGAGCGAUGUGGGAGAACAAGGGCGGAGAGAGACAAAAGAGAGAGAGGCGGGGGCACUGUUGUACAUUCUACAUCACUCCGAAUACUUUUAUCUGUCAUCUUUUAGCAGGCCCGUUUGUUCUUUAACUUUAUUUAAUUGUGUGUAAUUUGUAUUCAAUUAAUAGACUAAAUAAAAUAGGCUACAUAUAGAUUACUAUAUUAUAUGUGUAUUGUAACGUUGUUAUGUUAUGUGUUGCUAGCUGGACACAACCCUGUACAAAUGGCCAUAGUGGUCCAUAUGUUCUCGUGAGGAGGCCUAGUCCUACUAAUCCAUAUAAUCUUUCUUUAACCCAGUAGACAUGUAGGUUUAAGCAGGACAUUUAGCAGUUGAAGUUACUUUACAUUUGGGCUGUGUCCUAAGUGGGUUUUCUUUAAGGUUCCCUUAGUAUCCUAAUAACACCACAAAUACAGUCUAUGCCUAUUUUAGUAGACUACAAUGUCUGCUAAAUGGCAAGUUGAAGAACGCACGUGUUGAAGUGAACCAAACCCGCUCUAGAUAUAGAUCUGACCAUUCAUGUUUUAUUACCCUACAGCUCCACUUGGAUAUUUUGAGGGGACUGGGACUCCAACAGUUUAAGGAGUUUCUGGGUUUUCUGCUGGUCCAUCCUAGGCUCGGGUUUCACACACACUCUUGAAUUAUCCAUGAGUUUUGCUGCGUCGUAAUCCUAUGGGGGAAAAAAGUUGUCUUGUAACGCAAGUCACUUCUCAUCGGAACCUGUCCUGAAGGCACGAUGCCUCAAUCCACGCAACAAGAGCUGUAUGAGCAGAACCUGCGCAGGGAGACGUGGUGUCAGGUGGAGAGGAACAGCAGGCAGAGUUGGGAUCGUCCGGAACGGAAACACUUUGGCUGCCACCUGCGGACGAGCCGGGACUUCAGCUCUCCCCGGGCCGCAGAGCCGGAGCGGAGGUCAGCAUGGACCGAGAGGCCCAGCGCCGCCCCGCUGGCCCAGAGGAGGCACUUCGAGGAGAGGGCCAAAAGUCACCUGGUGUAGCAGGGGUUUCACCAACAUUGUCAGUUGGUCUAUCUAAAACCUCAGGCACCUCAACUUGUUUGCUGACGAUUCAAAAAUAAAGAUAUAU